AUGUUGGUUAAAGUUCAGUAUCAAGGCGUGAAGAAAUUUGUAAAACUGCACAGCGAUAGUACGUUCCAAGACUUUCUCACUGAAGUUAAGAGCAAAUUUGCUUUAGCAAGAACUGCUGCUCUUGAAGUCUUUGAUACAGACACAACUGUGGAAGAGGACAUCUUCCAUGAAUUGAUUGAAGGCAGUCCACAUUUAUGCCUAACAGUAAGAUGUCCAGAAGAAAAUAUUUCUGCUGGUUUGUCUGAGGAAUUUUCACCCACAAGAUCAUCAACCCCCAGCACAUGCACUGAUACUCUUUCACUCUCUUCAACUGACCAUGAAGAGACCGAGAGAGCAAUGCAAAAUCAAGCCGCAAUGGCCAGCAACAGUUUUAACAUGGACGCUGAAAAGGCAAAACAGAUUGUCCAAGAUGCACUGGAAAAAAAAUCUGGUGGUGAGGAAGUGCUUGAAGAAUACCAGAAAACUAAAACUUUAAAGCACAGCACCAGACGUCAGCUUGUUAAUAUUGCUGUCAGUCACAUGACAGAAAUUCACGGGAGGAUCCCCACCCGCAAACAGCGGGAAACGUAUGCCUUGGGCAUUAUUUAUCUCUUUCCUAGCCUGAGAGACCCGUUUUCAACAAAGGGCUAUAUAAAUCAGGACUUUGCUCUGCUGUUCAAUGCUGAAACAUCCAACAAGUUUCUCGAGAGGUGGGAGACGGCAUUCAAGCAAAAGAUCAUCGAUGAAGCCCAGUGUCUUACAUCAACAGCAGAAAUUUGGUGUCUUCUCAAUGCAGCAGGUGUACAAGGAUCUGACAAUGGGAGGAAGAAGACUAAGAUCAGUCCAACAGAGGCUGUUGACAGACUUGUGCAUUUCCAUAAGUCCUGCACCAGUAUUGAAGGCCGUCUCAGCAGGAGGGAGGGCCACCAGCCAUUCCUACUGAGAUCAGGAAGGAUUAAGGGCAGGAUCAACCACUUUUACGUCGUUGUGGACAAGCGCCUCAUCCCUUGCGUUGGAACCAGCUCCUUGAGUGCCUUUGAUGAACUUUUUAAAGUUCACUAUGUCUUCAACCUGUCCUACGAGAAAGCCCUGGUGUCAAAAGCCAACAGCUUGUUCUACAGGCCUUUUGAUCUGCAGUGUUUAUAUGGGUCAGAUGAUGGUGAAUAUAUGGUACCUUUUUUUGUGUUGGUGUAAUAGUUACAUCUGUGUUAAAAAUAAAAUUUCAAACUGA